AGCUUUAAAACGUUUCAACUUUCAAGAAUAAAAAAAAACUAACCUAAAACCCUAAAACCUUUAGCGCCGCGUUAUCUCACUCUCAACAUCCUCCCCUUCUCCUCUCAGACCAAACCUCUCUGAAGCACCCUCUCUCGCUUGCUUUUGUCUCUAAACGUUUGGUUUUAAAAUGGGUAAGCUUGGGAAGAAAGCUAGAAAAUUUGCGAAGAAGAAUCUCCAGUCUGUUGAGAAGCGUUACAGGAAGCAGAAACCCUUUCUCAAACGCAAAUUCGCUAAAAGAGACGCGCGUCGAUAUGCAGAAGAUGAAGAAGAAGAAGAGAAGAUGGUAGAACAGCCACAUAAGAAGAGAUGUAUUGAAGAAAAUCCUCAGGACAUAGUCAUAGAUGCUGUGUUUGACAAAGAUGAAGGUGGAGGAGCUCUCGACGGUGUUGAUUCAGAUACUGAUGGUUAUCUCCCUGAGGACUCUGACUUUACAAAUGCUAUUGUGAAUGGAACACAAGGUAAAACCAGUGAAACGGAGCUUAAAAAGAAGACCAGGAAGCUUGGUAGGUUGAAUAAAAAGCAAAGUGAAUCAGAUGCAAUGAAGCUUAAAGUACUCUCAGGAUCUGUUUUAAGCUCUUGCUGUAACCUAGUUGACGAGGAACAGUCUGUUCAAGCGUUAACCAGUCUGUUGAACUGGUACCGAGCUGCGUGUCUUUACGGACAGGAGCCAUCAGGAAUCACAAGCCCUGAUACAUUCUAUGACAUAGAAGACAGCGACACGUUCGCCAAUGUCUUGGUCUUUGUCCUCCAGAAAGCCGAUCACACUUUCAGGAGCAUUCUUGGAUUAUCAGGCUCUGCUAACAAGGAGAAGAUUCUGAAGCUGAAGAACAACCCAAAAUGGGAUAGUGUGGAACCGCUGAUCAGAUCUUUCUUUAGAAGUACCAUGCGUCUUGUCAAGCAGGCUUCUGAUUUGGAGAUUACAGUCUUUGCCCUCACUCAACUUAGAGUUUCUAUUGUGUUCUUCGCCGCGUUUCCAGAGCUGCUGAACAAACUGAUCAAGCUUUCUAUUGAUCUGUGGGUAACCGGUGAAGAGACUCUAUCACAGCAAGCUUUUCUAAUCUUGAAAGACAUCAGUAAGGUGUUUAACUCAGAAUGCUUCGACGCCUGCUUCAUCAACAUGUACAAAGCCUUUCUACAUGACUUUGAUACUCCAAAGGCAGAUUCAGAAAAACGUCUGCCUCUCCUCAGAGAUUCUCUUGUCGAGAUCUGCUCUCAAGAUAUGCAGAAGUCUUAUACUAAAGCCUGUGUUUCCAUCACACAGCUUGCCAAGUUACUGAAGAUGGCUCUCGCUACAAAGAACAAGGAAGCUGUGGAGAAGAUACAUAGCGGACACUACACAAGUUGCCUUGAUCUCUGGGUGAGUUUUAUAGCCGCCAACGUUCAGGAUUCUGAUCUCCAGUCUCUGCUUUAUACUGUAAUCCAAGUCAUCAAUGGAGUUGCAACACUGUUUAUUGGACCACGGUACCUGCUCCUAAGGGUUAAAUGUAUUCAAUGGCUCAAUCACCUCUCUCGUGCAAGCGGUAUAUUCAUUCCAAUAACUUCUCUGGUGUUGGAUAUGUUGGAAUAUAAAACCACUAACGACGGUGAAAAGCAGAAGAAGAAGAAGCUUGAAGCUGUCUCAACAGUGAAGCUGCCUAAGAAUUGGUUAAAGUCUCAAAACUUCAAAGAACAGUGUAUCUUCUCUGUGAUUGAGCUCCUUGCGACCCACUUUGCUCAAUGGAGCUUCCACAUAUCGUUUCCAGAGCUUGCUACUAUCUCCAUUAUGAGGCUGAAGAAGUUUAACGAGAGAAGCACUAUGGAAGGGUUGAAGCGUGUGGUGAAACGCUUUAUCGAGCAGGUGGAGAUGAAUAUUGAGUUUGUGCAAAUGAAGAGAGAUGAAGCGGCUUUCUCUCCAAACGAUCAACAAGCGAUAGAAACGUUUCUUCAGCUUGAGAAGAGAAGCAAGACUGCUCCAUAUACACAAUACUACCAAAGCAUCAUAGACAGAGGUCUUGGAACCAAAGUGAAGAAGUGAGAGAGGUUAAGUGUGGGGGGAAUAAUCAUUAAUACAGUUUUUGGUUUUGCAACUCAUAUGGUUAAAAGCAGAGGGAAACAUUUUUUGUUGUCGUUUAGAUUUUGGAUUUUUCAUGAAUUAUUUUUCAGAAACAUACAAAACAUUAAUGCAAUUAGUCUAUUCAGAUUAAAGUUAUUUUAAUUUCAGAGAUUUUCUUUUGUCAACA